AUGGACUUCGAGUACAAAAUUCUAUGCUGCCACGUGGCAGUUGACGUGGCUGUUCUGUGCACGUUGGAGAUCAUUGUCAUUGUUGCUACUUACUUGACAGGAUUCAAGCACCCAUUGAUGACAUGCCAAUCAUUCAAUGUAUCCAUUUUGGAACGUUACAAUGAACCGACAGUACUCUCUCAACACAAGAUUUGUACAACCAACGGACCCCUCGUGUUCUGGAUUAUUAUCCAUCUUUUCACGGAUCUGAUGGCAUUGAUCUCAAUCUACUCGAAAAGUACAAAACUUCUUCUCGGAUUCCUUGUUGUCACCUGUCUGGAUCUUCUUGUUUCACUCGCUUACGUUGUCGUUCUUUUGGCUUUUAUUGUUCUCAACGAACAAGUUGAUAAGGUUAUGAUAAUGUUUAUGGGAGGAAUGGUUCUUUUCAAAAUCUACGAAAUCCUCACUGGCCGACGUCUCUAUUGGUAUCUUCUCUGGCUGCAAGACAACAUGAUGGCUCCUCGUUCAGCCCUCAUCAAGAACGAUGACAACAGCGUCUUCCAAUUCUAA